AUUUUCUCACCGGGCGCAGAGAGUGGGAAGCAUGAACGAACAGUAUCUAGGGAAGGAGGCGGAACUUAAACGAGCCCCACAGCUCAGCCAUAAAGUAGACCAUGUACAAAUGCAGUUAAUAUCUCAAUCGACAAUUUUCUGUUAGGCUACUACGAGAGAUAAUUGAGUGCGCGCGUUUACCGAAGAGCGUAUACAGAGAAGAGACCUAGGAGUCAAGAAACAGAAGAGGAAAGUAUCGAGAUAAAGUACACGUGUAAAAUGUCUCAUUAAUCGCGGAAUUCAUUCGAAACCAGCGUGGCACUCGACUCAACUGAUACAGUAUCUGAGGGAGCAGACUGAGAGGACCACACCCAGUGAACAGACACCACACGAGCCAAACAGACUUCUGGGAUAACUGCUGACUAGAGUAUGGAGCCGGCACAAUCAGAGAUGAGCAUCUUGGGAUGCUCGACCAAUGGGAAAGGUCACAACCUAGGAGAUGACAAGUAUGUGCCUAUGAAGACCAUGCCAGAGGAAUUAGACACAAAUGGUACUCAAAAUGCCAGGUUUGAUGAUCCCGAUGGCAUCCUGGAGAGUGAGGAGUUUCUGCCCAACGGAGAUGGGACGAAGCCCAUGCGCUUCACAGACUUUGAGGGAAAGACGUCUUUCGGCAUGUCUGUGUUCAACCUGGGGAAUGCUAUCAUGGGCAGUGGAAUCCUGGGACUGGCUUAUGCCAUGGCCAACACUGGCAUACUCCUCUUCCUGUUUCUUCUGACUGUUGUGGCGGUCCUCUCCUGCUAUUCCAUUCACCUGCUGCUCAAAUCCUCUGGCAUUGUGGGAAUCCGAGCCUAUGAACAGCUUGGCUACAGAGCCUUUGGCACCCCAGGCAAGAUGGCCGCUGGCAUCGCCAUCACACUGCAGAACAUCGGAGCCAUGUCCAGCUACCUGUACAUCGUCAAGUCUGAGUUCCCAUUGGUCAUCCAGGCCUUCAGUAGGGCGGACCCCACCGCUGAUUUGUGGUACUUGAAUGGGAACUACUUGGUGGUCAUGGUCUCUAUUGGCGUUAUCCUACCAUUGGCCCUGAUGAAGCAGCUCGGCUACCUGGGCUACACCAGUGGUUUCUCCCUUAGCUGCAUGGUCUUCUUCCUCAGUGCGGUGAUCUAUAAGAAGUUUCAGAUCCCCUGUCCCUUCGAGGAGUUCUCGGCAGCCAAUCACACAGUGUCUCACCUCGACAUUCACCUAAACAUCACUGACAACCAUGCUACCCAUGAUAAUGGUCUGGUACAUGAGAUGGAUGACUCCCACUGCGGUGCCCGUAUGUUCACCAUGAACUCUCAGACCGCGUACACCAUCCCCAUCCUGGCCUUUGCCUUUGUGUGUCAUCCUGAGGUUCUGCCUAUCUACACUGAGCUCCGCAACCCUACUCAGAGGAGGAUGCAGCACGUCUCCAACCUCUCGAUCCUGGUGAUGUACACCAUGUACUUCCUGGCUGCUCUCUUCGGCUACCUGACCUUUUACGGUAAAACUGAGACAGAGCUGCUGCACACAUACAGCAGGAUCGACCCUUAUGACACGCUGAUCCUGUGCGUGCGAUUGGCUGUCCUCACCGCUGUCACACUGACCGUCCCCAUUGUGCUCUUCCCAGUGCGGAGGGCUCUGAAUCAGAUGUUCUUCGCCAGUAAGUCGUUUAACUGGCUUCGUCACGUGGCCAUUGCCGUCACUCUACUCUCCUUCAUCAACAUGUUGGUCAUCUUCGCCCCCAACAUCCUGGGAAUCUUCGGCUUCAUCGGUGCCACAUCUGCCCCCUGUCUGAUCUUCAUCUUCCCUGCUAUCUUCUACAUCCGCAUUGUGCCUAAGGAGCAGGAACCCAUGCACUCCAUCCCCAAGAUACUGGCUGCCUGUUUCGCUGGUCUGGGGGUCGCCUUCAUGAUCAUGAGUUUGAGCUUCAUCAUCAUCGAUUGGACAACGGGGAGCAGCAACUCUGGCGGUGGCCACUAGAGGCCGCCCUCUGCACUGUGCAGGCCGGGGUCGGCAAGGGGCUGGCAGGGGCUUUGAGGGGAUGCCUAGGAGUGUGUGUGUGUUUUUUAGAACUGUUUAAUGUAAUUGAUGCACUAUCCCCUCUGUGGUAGAGCAAGGGUUAGAGGUUAAGGGACAAAGAUGAUUGGGGUAAGGAGGGGAAGACAGAAUCAACUUGCUGGGCAAAACCAUACUGAGCAUUUCAGUCUUCUUGAGACGAAAGACUUCGACAAAACAGUCUGUACUACAGUAACGCAGUAUGUAGCCCUGCACAGAGGAGUGCUUUUAUAUGAAUCAUCAGCACUAGACAUGGUCUUUUUUUUAAAUCAUGAUAAUGUGUUAUUUAUGAGUGGGAUAGUGCAUCCUAGUCAAUCCAUAAUGGAAAAUCCUGAAGAAACUCAUGGCUUCCCUUCCUUUCCCCCCUCCCUCCCUUCAUCCAUCCUCCCAUCCUUAUUUAUCUCUUUUCCAUCUGCCUGUUUCUUUCCCUCCGACGCCUUAAUUCAUGUCAACUGCAGCUAGUGCUGUGCAGAAGAAGCACCGAUGGAGAUAUGGUUGAAUCGCUAUGUAAAGGAAGGAAAUGAAAGCACAUGAUCUAUACAUUACAUGUCAUUUGGCAUCUUUGUAUGAGAAAAUCGGAAAUUUUGUCAAUAGAAGAAAUAGCUACAUCUAUAGAUUAGGUGAGUGCUGUAAAACAAAGAGUCUGGCUGUCUUUGUAUCCUGUCUAUCACUUUGUGCCAGUAGCACUCAACUUAACCAUCAAAGGGUAGUAGGCUUUUCCAAAUAUUCUAUUGGCACGAGCACACAAAAAUACAGUAUAGUUUCCCAUGUUUUCUUACAAGAGUGCAUUUAGCCUGAGCUGUUGUAUGUGCCAAAGCUAAGGUUGAAUGUGGUUUGUGGUUGUUGGGCUCAGUGCAGGCUGAUGUCCCAUGAUGCAUUAUGGUGUUUAACUCUUGCUGUAUCCCUGGUACAUACAGUACACUCAGAUAAUGGAGGCGUGGCGUUCAACCAACCACACACAUAGCCUUUUCGUUGAAACAGUAAUGUAUAUUUAUUUAACUAGCUAUAUCCAUGUUUUUUUUUAAUUUCACAAGUGAGCUAAUGGACCUCAGAACAAAGUAUUUAACUAUAUGAUCAGGUAUCUUGAUAGACCUUAUAGAUGGUAUGCGCAGUCUAUAUUCGAUGAUUUUGCAUAUUGGAGGGUUUAGGUGACAGUUGAAUGUGUAGGAGGUGAGCUAUAGGGCACUGAGCUGAUUAAGAAAGAAAAACAUAUAGAGCCUUUUACAUUCAUGUUAGUUAGAUGAUCAACUGACAUCCUAGAUACAGAAUUGACUGAUUUUAUGAUCAAUUGUGUUUUAAAUUAAGAUCAACAACUUAAACUUGCCUUUUUAACACUAAUAGCACAUAUUUCACUCAUACUUACAUUUCUACAAUUAAUUUGGAAACCCUUGUUUAAAUUCAGUACAGUUCAGGUGAACCCUUUCAGUUACUACGAAUGGUUAAGCUUACUGUUUUUGGCAUGACAAAAUAUGGAGGAAACGUGUUUUAGUUGUGUGUUAGUUGUGACAUACAUGUCCAUGUUGUUGAACUACUCUAUAUUGUAUUUUAAUAUCUCUUUUCCACUUGUUUGUGAUUGAUCUUGUGGUUUUAGUGAAGGAAAGCUGAUGUGUCACCUGUCCAGUCUGUCUGGUGAUUGGCUGAUUUAAUUCAUUAAUUUACCGUAACUACUGUGAUAUUCAAUCCAUAAUACGUUGAUGUUUGGGCUCUAUUUCCAAAACGUAUCUGGUCUCUAACAGUGGGCUCUUGUGAUCAAGUACAGUUUGACAAUAAAGUGAAUUGUGAUUGUUAGAUUUAGUUUGAUUCGAUAGCGCAAUGCCCCUUCUUAAGGCUUCUCAAUUGUGUAGUGCAACAUUCAACACUGUGACAUCGUAUCUCUCAAAAAACAUAAAUAGCAUUGUAAUAACAUUGUUUCCAAUAUAUCCCAGCAAAUGGUUCCUUUCUUAUUUUAUUCUAAAACACUGCAGCCGGUGUUGCUUUCUCUUGUGUACAUUAAUUGAUUUUUAAUUUGUAAUCAAUAGAAUGUUAUUGAGCUUGUUUCUUUUACUCAUCAACGUCUAAAAGGUUAUUGCAUGUAUCUGACUCAACCCUAUAUUUCUCCUGGUCUUGCUGGUCUUGAGGCAGUGGUUGUGGUAAAAAUGAAUGCCUGGUCAAGACCAGUCAAGGAGGCAACAGCUUGCCAUAGACUGGGAUUAGGCCUCUUCUGUCUGGGAUUGUGUCUACAUAUCUAGCUACUACCGAACUGUUUCUCUCUGAGAGGCCUUGCUCUUCAACUUUAGAGCUUUGCUACCCCUAUCAUAAUGUCAGAGGCAACAUUCUCAACAUUUUGCCUCUUUUCUCUCAUACCCAAACUAUGCCAGCCAGUUAACCUGUUGUUGUAGCUCUUGUUUUACCUUUGCAAUUUAUUUCUAAGGAAAUUAAAGGACUGUGAGUGAAUAACAAGUUAUAUAUGAAUUUUGGGCUUAUAAAGCGGCUUAUAUAAAUAAUGUAUAUAAAUGUAAACCCUUUAUAUUCUUGAUGCAUAUCUAGCUUGUAUAGUGUAAAUAGCUGGGACAGUUUUAGUCUGACAAUUAAAAAACAAUUGUAGAAGUUUUUUA